AUGAAGUUUGAGAAUUCUUUUAAAGAUAAAGAAAGUGCUGGUAAAUUUCUUAAACGAAAGAAAAUAGGAAGACUUAUUGAUACCGGCAGAUUAGAAAUGGCAAAAAUAGUUUUAUCCGAACAAAAAAAGAUUAUUCACGUUUAUGACGAUCAAUGUCAAUUACUACAUUCUGCAAAAAGCAUCCAUGAAGCAGCAACACGUUUGAAUCUAUGUCCUACUCUCAUUAAACUUCAUUUAAAAAAGACUAGACCUUUGAUGGUUAAAAGUUUGGAUAAAUUUUAUUACAUUGUCACUGAUAUUGCAAAAAUUAAUGGAAUGAAUACAGAAGAAAGAGUAAAUUAUCUUAAAGAUGCGAACACUAUUUCUCCUACAGAUUAUGGGAAUAUUAAUAAGAAAACUUCUAAUAGUUCUGAAAAGUUAUCGUUGCCGGAACCAGAAUUCUUUGAUUCUAUUCGCCGUUUCGCUAGUGAUCAUUAUACAAAUACCUAUAAAUUACCCGAAAUGUUUGGCCAAAUGGAUGAAUCUGCUUUAUUGACAAUGGGUAUUGUAUAUUUACAAAAACAAGCAGAUAAUGUCGCCUCGGUAUUGACAAAAAAUGUUACUAUUGUUGUAUUGGGAGAUAUUGGGAGAUCUCCGAGAAUGCAAUAUCAUGCUUUAAGUUUUGCUCAAAAUGACUGGACAGUAGAUUUAGUAGGAUAUGAUGGGGCUAUAUCUACCUUGUAUGACCGGCCACAAUCGCAUUUCAAACAAUUGGAUUUAGAAGAAAUUCAUGAGCAAUCAAUUGAUUCGGGCUUUCUACCUCCUUCAUCUGCGACAUCGACCUUAUUGACUACCAAACCUUCACCAACUGCUCCCGCAAAAUACCGCAGUGACCGUCCUAUAUUAAUAGUUAGUAGUACAAGUUGGACUGCGGACGAAGACUUUUCAAUAUUAUUAAAAGCGGCAAAGCGAUAUGACCAAGCCACGGAUAAACUUUCCCAAAAGUUUCCCAAGUUAGUUUUUAUCAUAACGGGUAAAGGUCCCCUAAAGGAUAUGUAUGAGCAGGAAAUCAGCAAGAUGUCAUUGAAAAAUGUGAGAAUAGUGACAACAUGGCUACCUGCGGAAGACUAUCCUUUGAUACUAGGUAUGUAUGUAUUUCCUUCUAGUCAAGUAGAAAAGAUGGCCAUUUAA